AUGGGCGGCAAACUCCCGGAGAAGAUCGCGACCGUCCUCGCCCUCCUCGUCGUGUCGCGAAUCGGGACCUACAUUCCGAUAUCCGGCGUCGACAGAGCCGCGUUCGCGGAGUCGCUCGCGGGAGGCGGCGGGAUGCUCGGUUACGUCGACACGCUCACGGGCGGGAGCAUCUCGAAGCUCGGGAUCUUCUCCCUCGGGAUCGUUCCUUUCAUCAACUCGUCGAUCAUCUUCCAGCUCCUCACUUCGGUGUUCCCGAGCCUGAGCAAGCUCCAGAAAGAAGAGGGCGAGGCUGGCAGGAGGAAGUUCAUGCAGUACCAGCGCUACGGCGCGCUCGCGUUCGCGGUCGUGCAAGCCGUCGGUCAGUGCCUGUACGUCCGGCCGUACGUCGAGGACUUCAGCUUAGGGUGGUUAGUCGAGUCCAGCGCGGUUCUCACCGCGGGGGCGAUGAUCCUGCUGUACAUCGGCGAGGUAUUGAACGAGCUCAAGCUCGGGAACGGGACGUCGCUGCUGAUCUUCACGAACAUCGUGUCCUCGCUCCCGUCGUCCUUCGGGCAGACGUUGUCCGAGGCGGGCGAGAAGGGCGACAACGCGGUUCUCCCCGUGUUCUUUGGCGCGUUCUUCCUGAGCACGCUCGGGAUCGUGUACGUGCAAGAGGCGGAGAGGAAGAUUCCGAUGAACUACUCCACGCGGUUCCAAGCCGGUGGCCUCGCGAAGAGCUCGUACUUGCCGUUCAAGGUGAACUCCGCGGGGGUGAUGCCGAUCAUCUUCGCGUCUUCGCUCCUCGCGCUCCCGGCGACGAUCGCUCGGUUCGCGCCGAACCCGGUCAUCAUCGGCGCCGCGAAGGCGGUGUACCCCGGCGGCGCGGCGUACGUCCCGGUGAACAUCGCGCUCAUCUGCUUCUUCAACUACUUCUACACGUUCCUUCAGUUGGAGCCGAAGGAUGUCGCGGAGCAGUUGAAACGACAGGGCGCGUCGAUCCCGGGCGUGCGACCGGGGGCGACGACUCGAGACUACAUCACGCGCGUGCUCUCGAAUUUGUCUCUCCUCGGAAGCGUGUUCUUAGGCGUCUUAGCGCUGACGCCGACCGCGGUGGAGGGGAUCACCGGGCUGACGACGUUCCGGGGUUUCGCGGGGACGUCGUUGCUCAUCCUCGUCGGCGUCGCGACGGACACGACGAGGAAAGUGCGCUCGGAGCUCGUGAUGCAAAAGUACGACACGAGUUUGGACGACUUUUACGGGGAUUCGGGCAAGGGGAAGAAGAAGAUGCGGUGA